AAAUUAAAAACAUUUCAGAUGCUGUUUUGCUUUCAUAGCUGUAUGUGUGCCAGUGUUGAGGUUUUGCCAACUGAGCUAAAGUUCACAGGGUGUUGCAAGCUGACCAGCCAAUGGCAGUACAGCCCUCUGUCACAGGGGAGACGGUUAACUGGAAAAUGGUUUGUUCCUAAAUUUCCUGUGUUUUUAAAUGUGGCGGGAGGAGGAGUUUAGAGAAGGAUACCACGUUGCUCCCAAGGACUAGAAAUAUGACAUGCUCUCAUACAGAUUAAACCCAAAGAGCUAUGCAGUGAAGAUGCAGGAGAAACAGAUCCACAACAUCAACUAAACACACAUCUCUUUAUCUUUUCCUUUCUUUUUUUCAUGCUUUCAAUGCUCUCAUGGAAGAGAGGAGGCUGACAUGGACAAAGCCUUGAACUCAGAUUCUGUGAUGGACACCCAGGCAGUGUUUGCAGCACUUUACGGCGUAUGUGAAGAAAAUGUGGCUUUCUUCUCGGGUGGAGGCAAGGGGACCCAGGGUGAUGCUGGUCGACGUCUGGUGGAGGCCAUGAAACUGAUCCAGGAACACGCUCGCAGUUUGGAGCCUGUUAUUUCUGGCUUUACUGCCGUUUAUCAACAUUUUGACUUUGAUCCACACAUACCUGCUAAUGGCUAUCGCUCGCUCGUCAAGGUUGUACGUUGCUGUCUUCUCCACAUCAUCCACAAGGGGCGCUACAUCACAACCAACCGUCGCAGCAUCUUCUUUCGGGUAGCGCACAACAUGCGGGAGAUGGAGGCGUACUGCAAUGCGCUCUGUCAGCUGCGCGCCCUGCUCUACUUGGCGCAGCGCAUGCUACAUGACAACAGCCACGGAAACCUGUUCUUCCAGGAUGAAAGUGGCCUCAGCGAGAGUUUCGUCCGGGAAUACGCCUCCAUGCAUAAAGGAUGCUUCUAUGGCCGCUGCCUGGGUUUUCAGUUUACGCCGGCCAUCCGACCAUGUCUUCAGACCAUCGCUAUUGGCCUCGUGGCCUUUGGUGAAAACUACAAGCGUCAUAAGUCAGGAAUAGUGGACGCAGGAGGUAUUGCACCGUAUGGUGUGGCAGCCAGCUCUUUCUUUACCUCGGGCAAGUAUGCCAUCGACCCGGAGCUGAGGGGGGCAGAAUUUGAAAGGAUAACUCAGAACCUGGAUGUACAUUUCUGGAAGGCCUUCUGGAACAUCACAGAGACAGAGGUCUUGUCGAGUCUUGCCAGUAUGACCUCUACUCAAGUCAAGGUGAACAGAGCGCUUUCUGUGCCUCCUGUGUCCUUUGACCUUCCUCUAGCCACAAACCACAGAGCGUCUGUAACAAUAGCUCCACCAUCGGCGCACAUCGGCAUCGCUCCUGUUCAGAUGAGACUCAUUUCUUAUGAGUUGCGUGAAGGACAGGACAGCGAGACUCUGCUAUCUCUCUCUCGAUCUGAGGGAGGUGCUAUUUCUCUAUCCCUGGGGUUGAAGACCAAGCGCCUCCCUUCUUCCCCCUGCCUUCUCAUCCACUUCCAUGGAGGAGGCUUUGUGGCACAGACCUCAAAGUCCCAUGAGCCUUAUUUGAAGAGCUGGUCCCAGGAACUUGGUGUUCCCAUCCUGUCGGUGGAUUACUCUCUGGCCCCUGAAGCCCCUUUCCCACGGGCACUUGAAGAGUGUUUCUAUGCCUACUGUUGGGCUCUAAGAAACCACCAUCUACUUGGAUGGACUGGAGAGAGAGUGUGUUUGGCUGGUGACAGUGCGGGGGGCAACCUGUGUGUGACCACGUCAAUGCGCGCCGCUGCCUUUGGCGUACGAAUGCCAGAUGGCCUGGUGGCGGCCUACCCAGCUACGCUGCUGACGGCCUACGCGUCACCCUCCCGUCUUCUUACACUUAUGGAUCCCCUGCUGCCGCUCAGUGUGCUCUCCAGGUGUCUCAGUGCCUACGCAGGUAAUGAGCCGCAGACCGAGAAGCAGGUAGAAAAAGUGAGCACGUUGAGCCUGGUGAGGAGAGAUACGGCCCUGCUGCUGCGAGAUUUCCAACAGGGAGCCUCUAACUGGAUCCAAUCUCUGCUGGAUCCCAACAGAGCAUCAGCCUCCUCCAACACAUCUGCCGAGAUGACACCAGCAACCCCCGAUACACCGACAAGCGAUACAGUGAGAAAAAGCGUCUCGGCAGCUUCCAUCUCCUCUCCUCACGCUGACCCGCCUGUGCCCAACGAGCCGUCGCCGCUGCCCGGCAGAAAAUUAUCUGUGAAGAGCAAGACGUGCCAGGACUUGGAAUCCCACAGCAGUCCCAUCCGCCAGAGCCCCCCGCUGACGUCUGAGCACGCUGUAGAAGACGUGAGUUUCUUUCUCUGCAGGGACAGUGACCCCUCCGUGUCCAGCGACUUGUCCUCUGUGGCCAUCCCGCCCCCGGCCGUAGAGGAGGGAUCGGAGCUGCUGCACCCCAGGGAGUUCCCUCUGGGCUUUGAGCCGCUGCGCUCGGAGCAGCUCGCUGAAAUGAGGAUGCAGAGCUCUCCGGUCGUCAAGGAUCCUUUCUGCUCACCUCUUCUGGCUCCUGACAGCAUGCUGAAGGGGCUGCCGCCUGUACACAUAGUGGCUUGUGCGUUGGACCCCAUGUUGGACGACUCCGUGAUGUUUGCCAAGCGUCUGAGGAGUGUCGAGCAGCCCGUCACACUGUGCGUGGUGGACGACCUCCCCCACGGCUUCCUCAGCCUCUCGCAACUCUCCAAGGAGACGAGGGAGGCCGCCAACGUUUGCAUGGAACGAAUCCGCUCCGUCUUCAACCAGGAGGACACGCCCCCGGAGCCACGCAAGCACCGCAAGCUGGAGCGGACUGACAAGGGGGAACUGGCACCUUCUGGAGAAACCAGUGCUCUCCUUCCCGACCCCAUUGAUGACCCAGAGGCAGCUGUCGGGAGAGGGUCUAAAAUCUCUGAUGGGGAGGGGUUGGUUGCUGUGGCAGCCCAAAAUAACACUGACGCCGGUGGCAUCGGUGCUUAAAUGAGGUUUGGGGUUGAGGGGAAGGCUGCGGUUCACUCACAGGAGUGGAGAGAGAGAGGGAGUAAAUGAAAGUCAGACUGAUGUAGGCAGCGCAACUCCUAAAUGAGAAACGAAGGCAGCAUCUUAGGAAAACAGAAAGAGGAGUGGGAGGGGGCAGUCUGGGAAAAAAUGCUCAGUGUUUGAACAAUAAAUAAGAGGAGGUGGAGCGCUGAAAUGUAUCUCCUGCUCCUCGAUUCUUACCACUCGUCCGCGCUCCAUUAUGCACCAACGCAAAUCUGGCAGACAAAACGAACACACCCACAAAAAGGCAGUCAUGUUUCAGAAUGAGAUGAUAAUUUAAAAGCUUUUCAGAUCAAAGACCAAUACUCACACACACACACACACACACACACACACAGAGCAGCACACAUACUUGAAGGAGUCGCUGUUAGGCAGGCGAAGCUCAGACAUAAAGCACAAGCAAAGCUGCUAGGAAGACGCCUGAAUGGGUGAUUCAUCUGGGCCGCGGCAGGCCCUAAUCAGAUAGCCGUGGGCACACUGUACGCUUCAUCCGCAUCAAUGUGGCCACUUGUCCUUUAGGAAUCCACUCUAAAUCACACUUAAUAACUCCACAUUGUCUUCUCCAUUAUGCCUGUUUGGGAGUCAAUGUAGCUCACUUUGUGGGUUGUAACUAUGUUGACUCUCUCCAAAUAGAAUAACGAAGCUAAACACAACAAACCAAAAGACUCCAAGCUAAAGGAAUUGAUUUACUUGCUUUCUUUAGAAUUGCGUUUUGUUUUUUAAAUCAUAUUUUGAACUUUGUGCAGGACUGUUUUUUAUUAUUUAUGUCAGGUUAUGAUCCCUGAGUCCCGACUUGUUUAAACUUUAAAUGUAUAUUUUAAUAUAAGCUUUUGCUGUUUUUUUUAUAGUGAAUGCUUCAAAAAGGACUCCCUGAACUUUCAUAUUUUUGUCAUGCAAUGACCAUAAUAUAACCCGUUAGGAUUUGAAGUGAUGGACGAAAGGCGGCUUAAAAUUAUAACGGUUAAAGAAAAUGAUUCAUGGUUUCCAAAAACUCCAGACUUUUGGAGCAUGUUUUGACCAGCUUUGCUCAAAGUGGAGUUCACAGAACAAAUGAGAACAACCCUUUUAAAAUGUAAAUAAUAAAUUAGAUUCAAGGUUAUUACUCUCUUAUACAGAAAUAUUUGAAUAUAAACCAUUCAGUUGUAUUUUUAGCUUUGUAUUGAGGUUUAUUGUCCUGGUGGAAGGGCUAUUGUUAGCCUUUUGCUUCCUCUAACAGGCUUUCUUACAAUUGUCCUGUUUUUAGCUUGUCUGCUCUUCCACAGAGACCAGAUAUUUUGGAGCACACGCCUGGUAGUUGUCCUGUUGAUGAAUCGUUCCAUCUGAGUUGCAGCUCCUCCAUUGUUCCCAUCUGCCUUAGGUUAGAUGAACAUCCAUGUCUGUGUAAUUAUAUCGUUCCCAUUCCAUUUUUUGGCUGAUGGGUUGAGCAGACAUCUAUGACAUUAAGAAUUUUACUUGUAACAAUUUUGAAAACCAUGCAUCAUUUUCUUCACAAUAUGCUAGUCACCAAAUUGUGUGUUUGUUGGGUGACAAAAAGCAAAAUAGUUCCAGAGACGUUAGUACGACAGCGAGGCACUGAACAGAUUUGUUUCUUUAGACUAAACUGCUGACUUCUCUGGUCUUUUCACUUAGGCUUAUGCAGAACAAAGCAGAGUUAUCAGAAGGAGAGGAUGAUAAAUAUUACAAUACGGACACAGUGUUCAAUCUCACUGCCGCCUUUGGCAUUUGUAGUGUUGUAUUAGUAAUGCAGAGACUCAAACUGAGAUGCAUUCAAGUGAAAACAAACAAGUUCAAGGAAAUUAUUGUCCUAUCUCUGCAAGUCAUGGUUCUUGAAUUUCUUCAGCGGGUGAAGUGUUUUUAAUAAUUUUAAUAUUUCAGGAUUGGAAGCAGUUGCUUGGCUUCCCAGCCCCGCUAAGAAAUGGAGUUCAAAAGAGUGGAACAGUAAAGAAAAGUCCAAGUCUCAGCUGUCCGUACACAUUUUAAACUCGAUGGCACAGUUUUUCUUGCAAGUUGUCAGAUUUUUCUCUGCUGGUUUCAGUGUCCAACCAAAGCGUUCUCAAGCCUCAGGCUUUAUGACCUGACAGCUUGUUUGUUUUUCGUAACAAGUCAGAGGCUUUUAGGCAAAUCUCGAGAACACCUGCUGUGAAAAACAAUUGCUAGAAGACAAAAAAAACUCCCCACUGACACAUUUUUGCACACUGGUUCAGAUAUUUUCACUCCCUAACAGCUACAAUUGUGGUUCUCGCUGUUUUUUGAUUACUUGAGGACACUUUUCUGCAUACACAGCCAUCAAAGUACUUUAAAAUAUACCGGUGGAUAAAGGAUGGCGGUGUUACUUUGUUCCCUUCUGUUCAUAGCUUGCAUACUGAAAAGUAUGAAAUAUAUGUAUUGAUUUAAAAAAUGCACAUGUGGUUGCCAACAGUGGCUGGCUGUGUCUGUCACUGCUCUGGUUGCAGACCAAAGGUUGCCAGGUCUGCAGAGAAGGAUGCUGUUUGAUGAAUAGGAUUUAGCUGAUGCUCUGACUCUGAAAUCCUUCCCCCCCUGUAGAAGUGCUGGAUUUUCGGCUGCAGUCAUGCUACAGGAUUAGACCAUACUCUGCUCUGUCAGCUCCAAGUACUUACUGCAAUAUUUUUAGUCAGAUUGACAGAAAGAAAAAUACACUUAGCCUCUCAGGUUUGGGGCUGAAGUUUGAACUUGUUUUUGAUAGUUUCUAUUAAUCUGCAGUUUCCCUGCAGAGUUGGUUUAUUCUGAGUUUGAGCUUUUACAUGUUUGUUCUUUUUGCUUGCUGCUUAUCGACAAUUCAGUUGUAUGGAAACAACUACCUUUGUGUCAUGUUUUAUUCAUAAAUGGCACUUUAAAGUCAAUGGACUAUUCAUAGCCGUUGCGUAUAGUCAAUCCUCAUUAGGACCUAUUGUUCUGUCUGUAAUUUGAAGUGCUUAGACUUCUUUACCAAUACUAAGAGCGACACUCCAAAUGGGCAAGAAGAACUGUGUUGGUUGAAAUGUGUCAAACUCUUUCACCUUCAGUGUAUUGACCCUCACAGGCCUCAUAAUACUUAUCUAUUGUGGUUCAUGAGAGCAGGUGAUGGACCAGAACACUUCUGAGGUGAAUCAUAUCUGUGUUUAGUGUUGCGUUUAGGGUUCAAGCACUGGCAAAGCUAUGGAUUUAUAAUUGGCGUGCUUUAAACUGUUGUCUCAGUGCAAUGCUUAGUAUUGCUGUAUUCGUAUUCGGUUUGUCAGUCAGCUCUUCCCUGCAAGUUAACAAUGUUGUUCCAGUUCAAUGUAAACAUAUUUGUAUGUUCAAAUGGUUGUUUGGCUUAAAAUUUUGUUAUAGACCAAAUACUGAUUUUUGGUGAAGUGCAAUGCAAAGUGCAAUAUCCUUACUUCAGUUAGUGUUUGGUAAGGUUGUAUAGGUGGUUACUUUCUAGGAUUUGUCUUUCCAAAGUCUUUGUUCUUGAAGCCAGAAGUGAGGUGAUGCUGAUUAUUAUAGUGCAAUACGCUCCAAUCACCUCCAACUUGGGCUUCACACGUAAUAUAUCAACCUAUAUCUAUGGAAACACUAACGGUUCACCUGAUGGCUGCUUUUAUAAACGCAACAGUUCAUUAUAUUUACCUCAAUCGCUUCAUAGGAAUGUUUCAUGGUGGCUGGAAACAGAAGGUUGGAGUUUAAAGCAGAACCAAAGAGAGCAGCCAGUCCAGGAACUGAUGUUCUCACCUUCCUGUUUAAUGUUUUAGCUGUUAGCAUUGCAUCGCAGGUGCUGCUGUGUAGAAUAACCUGUCUGCACUCAAUAUGCAAAUUGUGCUGGAUCAUUUCAGCUGGAAAUGCUCAGUCUUUUAAAAAGAGGGGAACAAAAUAAGUUAAUACAUUAAGCCAUAGACUGGAAAAAGUACAACUACCUUUUCUUUAAACAUUACUUUGUUGAAAACACCACAAGUGCAAACCUGUGAAUCACGCUAAAAAAAUGUAAACUAAAAAUGAUUCAUGUAGAUAUUUUUACUUUUAUGUAUGUUAAUCAGAUUGAUUAUUUUUUGACUGCAUUUAUUUCACAGUUUCUACAACAGAUUGAUGUAUGUGACGAACCAUGUGGCGAACUUCUUCUUUUGCUGACUUUUAUUAAAAUAAAUAUAUUCUCCCAUAA